CAACAAGGAGAGAGAGAGAUGCUGACGACACGGGCGUGGAUAAUAUCGUCGGGGGUGGUGGCGGUGGUGCUGGUGGUGCCGUUGACGAUGAACAUCUCCGUCGCCGGAGCUCACAAUCUUAAGCCUCUCUUCUUCAUCAAUGGUAUCGUCUUCUUCCUCGCCGCCUCCACUCUCUUCUCUCACCACAACCACGACCACGACGACCACGACCAUGACCAUGACCAUGACCAUGACCGCCAAGAUCGGCACCUUUAUAAUCAAGAUGAUCUCUACUCUCCAAAGCAUGACGGUAUCUUACGUCAUCCUCCGGCGGCCUCGUUUGAUCGCUACAACUCCGGCGAGGAAAAGUCUCCGGCGGAGAAUCCUUCACCGCCGUCGAAACCCGCCGUUCUCCGCCGCACAGCUACACCUACUGCUUCCGCUUUUGAAGGUCCACGAGCUCCAUCGGCGAAGGAAGUUAAAGCGGAUGAAACGGAGUCAAUGGAGGACACGUGGGAGAAGAUAAAGGCAGAGAAGAACAUGACAACGUCGGACACGUGGCACAGCGAGUCGUCGUCGACGACGACGUCGUGGUCGGCGCCGCCGUCGCCGUACAACGUGAAGAAGAAGGGGGUGUUCAUAGAGAGGAUUCCGACAUGGCUGAGGAUGAAGAAAGAGCCGUCAAUGGGAAGAGACGAUCUGAACGCUCGCGUCGAAGCCUUCAUCAAGAAAUUCCAAGACGAGAUCCGGUUGCAGAGGUUGGAGUCCUUGCGCCGUUACAAGUCCAAGUUACUUAAACGCGGUUCUUCUAAACGCUAAACGCUGAACGCCAUGGCUGCGUUGUGUUUUCUCUAUAUAUAUCCAAUGUAUCGAAUGAUACGAUACGUGUUUCAAUUCAAUGCAGAAGUGAAAGAAUCAUGUAAAGUUUAAUAGAGUUUAGGGUUUUGUAAUUUUGUCUUGUAUUAUUAACAAAUGAAUACGUGAGUACA